UCUGCAGUUCGCUGGGUUGACUUCAGCAUAAAUACCGAAAACAAUAAUAAUAUGAUAAUCAUUAAAUACGGUUCCGUGCUCUCGGUGACUAUAAUAAUCAUCCUAGUCGUAAUCAAAAAUGCAAUCGGAGGUAAAUAUUAUAUUUUCUAUAAUAAUACCCCCCCUUCCCGAAAAAAUAAUCAAUUUUCCGAGAAAAAAACUACGGGGUUAUUGAAAAAAUGUAUUUUUAAUAAACCGUUUUUUUUUUUUUUUUAAUUUUUAACAAAUUGAAAAAUGUUGAAGAAAAUAUACUUAUUUUACUAAUUCUAAACAAUUAUGUAAUUUUUUCUUUUAUUUACCUAAACUACUAUACUGUUAUAUAUUACACUUACGAUAAUUUUAACCAGUAUCUAAAAUCUAACCAGUACUUAAAAUGUCUUUAAUCACAAUUAACUCCGGGUGCGAGAUUAUGUUACGAUAAAUAACUAUCUUAUCUCCUUAGGUCAUGAAAAGGAAAUAUGAUAAAUACCAUAAUAUAAUAGUUGUAUCAACAAAAUAACACAACGUAUUUGUGUAAUAUAAUAUUAUAACAGUAGGGUCUAACAUGUAUUUUUUUUUUUUUAGAGGCCAACACCAAUUUAUUGUUGUAUUGAAUUAUAAAAUGAAAAAUAAUGAAUAAAAUGGCAAUGACAAUGAGUUAUAAACACGGCACUGCAAAAAAUAUUUUCUGGUUUUAAAUUCCGAGCGUAGCGAAGGAGCUAUUGGUUUUACUAAGAUGUUUAUUUUUUUCUUUCUUUCAUUGUUCUAAUCUGUGGACACGUUUUUUCCUAGUAAACUGGCUCCGGCUCUUACGUGUAGCAUUUUUUCUGAAAGCUCAAGUUGUUUAGAUUGUACAUUAGACAAGUAAUUUUUUGAUUUUUGACGCUAUUUUUUGAUUAAAAGCACUUAAGUGUGAAAAAAUUUGAGAAAACAUAAAAUUUUAUAAUUUCAUUAUUUUAUAAAAACACGGACGACGUUUUUUACUAGAAAAAAUAGCAGACAAAUUACAAGAUAACCUUUUUUUGUUACCAUUUUGAUUUAGUUUAUUACGGUAUUAUUGCUAAAAUUGUUGAGCCACUUUUGAUCCUUUAAGGAAUUUUAAUUUUUGGGCGUUUUUGUUGUAAUUUACUUAUAAAUACACGUAAAUACACGAAGACACUUGAAAUUGAUUUAUUAAAUCUUCUUCAAUAUUAAUAUUUUAUUUUAAAAUAUAUUUUAACUUAUCUUAAUAACCAAUAUUUACUUAUUUACAUUAUGUACAAUAAGCGGAAUUGUUGAAAAAUAAAACUAAUGUAGACAUGAUAGACUUGGGUGAGAGAGUUAAGUAUUGGUAAUAUCUUACUUCUUGAAUUUAACAAUUGAAGUUUUAAUAUUUAGAUUAUUUUGAGAUCUCUACACCAACCCUGCUUCAGUUGCUUGGAGGAUCACCGAGUAUAUUUUCUGGUAUGUGUGCAUAGGCACAAAUAGUGUCAAGACAUAGGUACAAAUAGUGUUAAGACUUUUUUCACGUUUUAAUUGCUUUCAUGUGGGAACUUAAGGGCACCACAAGUACUUUCCAGGGGCACCGUGACUCAUAGAAAUGAUUUAUAAUAAUUUGUUGUAAUUGCUUUUUUUAACUUUUGUUAAUUUGAAAUUUAAUCCUAAAAAUAAAGAGUACAUUAAAUCGGCUGUAUGUUUAGAAUUCUUAUAUUAUAUUAUAUUCAGUAAAAUUAUAAAAACUGAUUAUCAUUAACAAUCAGUGUUGAUUUUAUAUGUAUAUUCCUCGCGGUAUUCACGGAAGAAUACCGUGGCUAAAUUUAGUACAAAAAAGGGCACCGCCAGGAAAAAAAGUUUGAGAACCACUGAAGUAGGCAACUAUUAUUAUGUAUAUUAUAUUAGUAAGUCAAAUUUCCUAUAGGUAAUGGAAUAUCUAUGACUUGUAUUAAAACUUUCAAGCUGAUCUCAUAUUACUGAUUAUGAUCAUAGACCAAGGGUUGCCAACUUUUUCCAACUAGUGAGCGACAUUUAAAAUUUUCAUUCUCAACUAUUUAAAUACAUUCAGUUUAGAAAAGGUGUACAUUCUAUACAAUUUAUACAUAUAUCGGAUCAACCUCGGAUCAACCACUUACAUGAUUUUACUCGUACAUUAUUAAAAAAAUAUAUAUACAUUAAAUUCACAACUUUAGUAAUUACCUAGGAUAUUAUCAAAAUAAUUUGCGAAAAACUAAUAACGUGCUCUUUUAUUUUUUUUUAUCUACACAGGUAAUACUAGUGGACCAGAAGCGAUUACCGAUAAUCUCGGUCCCAAACCACCAGAAUCAAUACCAAAUGAUGACGAUGGUUAGUUAUAUAAAACAUGGUAUUGUAGAGGAUUUCUUUUCAUUCGUUUUUACUUAAUCCUUAUUCGAAUGCGUAUACCAAUUAAAAAUAAUAUUUCAAUAUUAGAUACACAUUGUUCAGGGACUGAUCCAGGAUAAGUUAACGGGCUUGAAAAUUCAUAUUCGAGACACAUUUAUAUAGAGAUCAAUGAUGAAUCAAGUUAAGAGUAUUAUGGGGCUAAGAAUAUAAUGGGGUUAAAGUUAUAUCGAACAGUGAAUGGAAGGUGUGAUUACCCUUAUCGCCCCCUCCCACGGAUCAGCCACUUACAUGGAUUUAUUUAAGAUAUUUUUUUCUUACGAAACACUCAAAUCCUGUAUAAUGAAUACUAAUCGAAGUUAUUUUUAAUUAUUAUACAUUCGCAUUUGUAUAGGUAUUUUUACAACUACACAAGACUUAAAGAAAACUCAGAUCACUGAAGGAAGUCCGGACGAAACAAAAAGUAAACCUAUAAACCGUUAUAAAUAUUUAACAACAAUCGUUAUAAUUAUUAUUAAUAUUCCAUUCAUUAACCGUAUAAAAUCCACCCGUUAUAAAAAAUGGAAAAAGUGAUAUCUGAUUUUGAAUUUUUAAACGGCUAAUUCUUCAUUCCUGUACCAUCAAUCAGACGAUAUAAUAAAAAAAUAUUAAUUUGAUUUAGCAGUGAAAUGGAUUUAGAUUUGACGCGAAAUCAACAAAUGCUUGAAAGAUAAAAUUUUAAUAUUAUUGACAAUGAUUUAUUGUAAUAUUGUAUUAUAUGUAUAAAAUUACAUGUAAUAAAAAUACGGACAUACUUCACACGUAGUUGGGCUACUAUUGUAGGUGAGAAGUUAAGAAGGUAGUAGAGGAAAUAUUAAAUAUACAUCUGUACGCAACGAUUAACCAUUGCUAACGAAAAACGAUUCUGAGCGGAGUUCGGUUAAUAGUGUUGCUUUUCCAAUGGGAAAAACAUAGGAAAACCGUAGGAAAAACGGGAAAAUAGGUACAAUAUUAAACAAAUAUUAUUAAAGAAAAUAUAUAAUUUAAAUUAUAAUUAAUUUACACUCAGAGUCGUUUUAUUGUUAGCAAUAAUUUAUUGUUGCUUACAGAUACAUUCAAUUUUCCCUCUACUACCUUCCCAACUUCUCACUAAGUGGCUGCACCCACGUGUGAAAUAAGUCCAUUUAUUUAAUAUUGCCAGUUGUUUUUUGUGUACACAGGUAAAAAAAGAGGCUUCAGAAAAACCAAAGUUGAUACAUCAGGUGAAUUGCAGCAUUUAGAUUAGUUUUUUUUAAUCGUUUGCAUUCCGUACCUACAUUUAUGUAUAUAUAUUCGUAUAUUAGAAGUUACAAUUCAAAAUAAUAAAUGAUUAAAUUGACGAAUAUUUUUUUUUUUUUAAGUAAAAAAAAGGAAAAAGAUAAUGUAGAUACUUCUGAAUGCUGAUGGAUAUUCCACUGGUUGUAACUGGAAGUUGGAAAGUUAAGAUACAUAAAAUUAUUAAAUGUAUUUAUGUACGCAACAGUAAAUCAUUGCUGGUAAAAGACGAUUCUCGGCAAAGAUCAGUUAAACAUGUUUUUAAAUACCAUAAUGUUUUAGAUUUUCAUUAAAAUUUUAACGUUAUUCACUUCUAAAAAAAAAAAAAAAAAAAAAAAAAAAACAACUACAUUAUACUAAACUUUUAUUUAUUUUUUUUUUUUUUUUUUACUACUAUAAUGAACAACUAAUAAUGAACCUCGCUUGCAGUUUUCAAUCGUUUCUGUUUUGCGAAAAAUUAUAUCUACAGAAAACCAAAUAAAAAUAUAAAAAAACCUUGAAAAUAUAUAAUGUCUAUUGUAAUAGCUCAAAAAUAUUCACUACGGAUUUUCGAUAUUUAUAUUAUAGUAUCACUUUUAAUAAACCUUAAUAUAGUUUUUUAAGUAUUUUUGGAAACCAAACAUACUUCGUAUAAGCCUGCAAAUAAAAACUAAAAAACAAAAUAACACUAGAGUAUUUAAAAUAACUAUAGAUUAAAAAUUAUAUUGAUAUAAAUAGCUUAAGAAUCGACGGAUUUUUUUUUUUAAUGGUAUUAUACCUACAAAAGAUCAGUAUAAAAAGUCUGUGAAAAUGUAAGCCACUGUUAUAAGUGUGAAGUUGGGAAGGUAGAGGGAAAAUUUAAUGUAUAUCUAUACGCGAUAUCGUACAUCAUGUAACAAUCGAUUAACCAUUGUUAACGAAAAUCGAUUCUGAGUGGAGUUCGAUUAACAGUAUUACUUUGUCAAUGAUAUAUAUGUCACAUUAUGGUAAAAUAAUUACAUAUGCGUUUUGUAUUUUCUUCAAUAAUAUUUAUAUAAUAUUUGUACCUAUAUUCCCUGUUUUUCUACGUUUUUUUCCAGUUUUUCCCAUGUUUUUUUCAUUUAUUGGGAAAAAUUCUGGAAAAAUCAAAAAUGACCCUAUUAAAUACUAUCUCAAAAAAAUUCCCUUUCAGAAAAAAAUGCUAUACAUUGGAGCAUGAUUUUUGGUAGAAUUUUUGUACCAAGUAUAAAAAAAAGAAAAUAAGAAAAUAAACAUCUUUGUAAAACCAAUACAUUCUUUGCUACACAUAGAAUCGAAUAUCAAAAAUAAUGAAACCUUAAUGCCAUACAUUUUUCAGUUUUUACGUUUUUUUUUUUUAAAUUAUCAAGAAAACUAUAUGGAAAAUCAAUAAUCGACUUACUUAUGCAUUUACUAACAUUUUUUUUCAUAUAUGGCGCUGCUCUAAAAAUUCAGGAUACGAUUUCGGGUAGAAAAAUAAUAUUGAAAAAAUCAAAAUUAAUGAAAUUUGUAUUGCUCUAAACAUGCCAGUUUACCUGAUUAUGAAAACCGUAUGGUCUUUCAAAAAAAUGAACUCAUCUACACACAUAAAUAGAUCCAAAAUUCGACAAAAGCGGUGUAUUGUCAUUUUUUGAAAAAAAAAAUAAAAUAAUAAGCACACGUCAUUCCAAAACCAAUACAUUCCUCGCUAAGUCCAGUCUAAAACAUGUUAAUGCAUUAAAUAUGUUAUUAUCAAAACUAUUUACGAAAAAUAAUUGUGUGUUGUUUUUAUGUAGGUACAGGCGUACCUAACCUAACCAGUGAUCCCACAACAACAGAUACAAUGCUGGAUGUUGAUGGUGAGUUCUGUAAUACAGUAAUAAGGAGGAUUUAUUUUUAAUCGUUUGUAUUCCAUGUACAAAUACCCAUUACCGAUCAAAAAUAAUAACCAAUAAAAUUAACGAAUAUUAGAUUAUAUGCUUGGUAUUAUUUGGGAAUUUAUUUUCUAACGAAACACUCGAAUACUGUAUAUAAACACUGACAUAUAUUUUUUUUUAAUGUGUAUACGCGUUUAACAAUUUUGUAGAUACAAUGCUAGAGGAUAGUGGUGAGUUCUGUAUUACAGUAAUAAGGAACAUUUAUUUUUAAUCGUUUGUAUUCCAUGUACCAUAUACGAAUACUUAUUAUAGACCGAAAAAUAAUAACCAAUCAAAUUAACGAAUAUUAGAUAUACUUGGUAUUAUUUGAGCAUUUUUUUUCUUAUGAAAUACUCGAAUAUUGUAAAUAUAAUAUAAACACUGACAGUUUUGUUUUUUAAUGUUCACACGCAUUAAACACUAUUGCAGACGAUUCUAUGGAUGAUCACCUGGGAGAACACGCUGCAGUAAUGGCUGGUCUGCAUAAGGGUAAAGUAUAAAUACUAAUAAUUAUCAAACAUUAUAUAAAAUAGUACCCUCUCUCUCUCUCCUUUUAAACCGAUAGUAGUAGAGAGUCUGUGCUUCAUUAUUGGACAUUCCUUUAUUAGGCAACAGGCAGGGAAAUGGAGUAGAAAGUCGUAACUCGUAUAUAAACGUGCAGUGGAGAUUAGUCAUGACGGCAACAACUGCGUUCGCAAACUAGCAAUCACGCAGUCACACUCAAUAACAUUCUAUAUACACUCUAUAACGGUCCCUGAAUUCUGUACACGAUCCCUUGCAUCUAUAGAUCAACAUUGAGGUCAGUUCAUGCAUUCACACAAAUAGCACCAGAUCUAGGGGAGAUACAAUCUGGGGCUCCCGGGCGUAAAGUAAUGUAUUUAUUUACCAAUGAAUAUUGUCCCUCCAGUCAGUGGCCAAGACUCGUGAGAGAAUCAAAAACUCUUCAUUCUAGUUUUUUUUUUUACGACAAUAGUAUUAAGUAGUAUUACAUAAUGCAUAUUUGAUUAUAUUUAGUAAUGAUUUAUUAUAAAUUUAAAUGAAUACUGAAGUCUGCAAUUUUAAACAUUUUACCGUGGACAAUAUGCCAAAGGCCAAAUGUCAUUACGGUCUUCUCCAUAGCAGCAGACUGUUGAUUGGCCUUUUUAGCGCUACCUGGGAGAGGCGCGCUAAUGCUAUCUGAUUGGGAUUCGCUUUUAAACUCGACGACAUUGUUUUAUCUACAUCGUGAGUUCAACAUAGGUUCAUUUGCGCAACCGUUACAUACCUAUAUAAGAUAAUAAUAUUGAAAAAUGAACGUUUUUAGUGAAAAAGGUAAAACAAUUUUAGUUUGGGAUGGAUUUAAGUUUGGGUUUCAAAAGAACUUGGCUAAUGACAUUAAACGAUUGACGUGUACAAAAUAAAUAUGUUCAGCUUAUUUAAAAACCAACCAACCUAAUGAAAUUCGGUUUAAAAACCAAUAAGAAAACUACUAAAAAUAAAAUUAAUUUUAUUAAUAACUUAAUUGAUAAAUUAAACAAAAAUUAAAUUUUAAAAUUUCAAUGUACAAAAAUAUUAGCAAAUAAAUUUAAACCUCGGAAACAUACAACACAAGUAAUUUAAAUUUAAAUUUUCGAUUUUAAAACAAUGAUAUUUAUUUAUUGAUUGUUUACUAUUUUUUAUUAUUAUUAAUUACUGUUAUACAACAGUAUUGGUAUUGUAAAACAUAAUAUUAAUUCAUCUAUAAUAUUUUUUUAUUGAUAUUAAAUACGUGAAAUUUUGAUACUUAUAUACCUAUUUGCUUUUUUGACAUCGACUUAUUACCUAAUAUAGUGUACUAAUGUUGUGCACUAAUAUCUAUGUAUAAUUAUUUUUAUAGUUUUAAAAAAAUCGAAAUAGAAAUCAAUUCCGAUACAAGAAGGUCACUACCUAAAAUAGUAGGUAAUUCGAGUAAUUGACCUUGUUAAAAAAAAAAUUCACAGGAGACAAUUCGAGGUCAGGUAGAAGGCAAUCUGUGUGCGCCCGUAUAUACAGGGGGGAAGAAUAAAGGAUUUAUAACUCACCCCUAGAGAGAGGCAUAGAACGUCUAUACUAUUAGUGGGCUUUAGGUAUUUUAACUGUCUAAAUUGUGUUAAUGCGACUCCCUCCUAAAAAAAAAAAGUCAUAAAUACCCCACUGAAAUGUUUUAUUUUUGACUAGAUUUCAAAUCCUCUUAACAAUAUAAUCCAUUAUAACUAGUAAUAAAUACAUAUAUUUCCGACUACAACAAAAUAAAAAUUAAAUUAUAAUUUCAGAUGUACACUACACUAACAGAUGGAUACGACCAACGAAAAAACUAUGCAAUGGUAAGAGUUAAACGCUACAAAAUAUUUAGUAAUAUAAUAUUAUAAAUCAAAAACCAAAAAUUUCCAAUAAUCCUAUGUGAUCAUUGUUGGAUAAGUUUUUUUUAUCUUUACAGCCAAGUGAGGUGUUGGUCAUAUACUUGGUCCAAAAAUUUUAAAGUUGAAUAACUUUUUUUAAAUUUUUUCCAAAAAAUUCCAACAGAGUAACAUUUUCGAAAGAAUUUUUAAAUUCUGUGAACUUUGUGGUACAAUUUUCACCCACCACUUUUUAUAAUUAAGUUUUGUAACAUAAAUUUUAUUUUAAUAUGUUCUUGACUUAUAAAUUAGUUAUCAUUAUUACAACAGAUAUAAAUUAUUAUUAUGUUAUUAUAUAAUUUUAUUAUUGUACUACUAGCUGGACAGUGUACGUUAUAAACUAAUUUAUUAUACAUAACUAUGGAAAUAUAUAAUAAUAAUUGCGCUCGCUACUAUUAAAAUCCCGGUUUUGGGGGUUCCUGAAGAUUUAAAAAUAUUAUAAAUUACCUACUAAUUUGUAUAUUUAAAAUAACAAUGCGUAUUAAUUAGUAAUGCGAAUUAAGUCAUUUUGGAAAUUAUUUCAAAAUUGAGGCUACCUGCUACUUUUACCGGUUUUUCUAGGGUUUUGGAUCUGUCGAAAAAACGAGUAUAAAGAAAAUUUAAAUUAAAUUAAAAUAUAAUAUAUAAAUUUAUGAUUUUUUUUAUAUAUUUGAGAAGCGAAAAAAUCCCCGAGGAACAGAAUUAAUUUCUUUCUUUAAACCUGCAGCGAGUUUGAAAUUAAUUCCUUUUUAACAAGAUUACCGUGAAUUUGAAAUAAAACUUGAAAUGAGCUUUCCGAGUACUAAAUUUUAUGCAUACAAUUUCUUGUUUACAGCGAUGUACUUGAAAACGUCCGGACAAAAGGUCAAUUACGAAAACCUAGUAAAAGUGUGCAAUCCUCCCUCAAUGAUUAAACCCGGUGUCGAAGGAAAUAUCGGUAGUAUAAUAAUUUAACUAUAACUUUGUUCAAAAUAAGAAACGCGUAGUCGGCAGCGACGAUUUUUCGUCACAGACGGUCAGAACCACGCCCAUUCUUACUCCCGCUUAGUUAACCACCUGUUGUUCAGCCGACAAUGACCGCAGUUAUUUGUGCUGGUCGGCUGACGAUGAUAGUAUCAAUCGAUAAUAUGACUAAUACUCGCUCUCCAGGACGGCAGUGCCAGCGUUCCGCGCGUGUAGUGAAGGCCACGCCCAUGCGCACAACUCGGCCGCCGACUACGUUCUUAUUUUGAACAGAGUAUAGAAACGUGUAACGCUAUAAUAGUUUAGUAAAUAAUUAUUCAGAAAAUAAAUUAGUUGGAUUAUAAAAUUAUCGAAAGUGAUAAUUAAAAAAUGAAAAAAAGACGGCAUACUUCGCACGUGAGCGCAGCCACUGUUUAAGGUGGGAAGUUGGGAAGGUAGGCUACAGACGGGAAUUUAAUGUAUAUCUGCAAGCAAAGAUAAACUAUUGCUAAAACAAUUCUGAUCCGAGUUCAGUUGAUAAUGUUGCUUUGUCAACAAUACAGUAUAUAGUAUUAUGUCGAAUUAUGAUAAAAUGAUUAAAACAAUAUGCGUUUUUAUGACAACAAUGAUUGUUUAAAAAAGAUUAAAAUAAUAAAAACUUAAUAACAACAAAAAAUAAAUAAAAACGGUUACCAAUGAUAACAUUCUUUUCAAACUUUCAAUCCGUUUUAACCUAAAGACCGAGGUUUUCUUCAUUAUCUCGAAUAUUAAUAAGAAUUUCAUAAAAUUACCUUUUUAAAGUACCACUCAGAAAAAAUUUCCUUUCAGAAAAGAUGCUAUACUUAAUAAUCAGAGUAUGUUUUCUAGUAAAAAAAAGUGUUCACGUAAAAAAAAAAUAAACAUCAUUGUAAAACCAAUACAUUCCACUCACAAUUUAAAAAUAAAAAUAUAUCAAAUUAAUUUGAUGGAAAUUAAUAAUUGACACUACUAUAUACCAUAAUCUAAAUAAUGCAGACAACAAUAAAAAUAUAAUACUUUAAUAAUGCAGAACGAUAAAAUAACAUACUAUUAAUAUUUUGAAAAUAUAAUACUGAAAUUUACCAAACAAAACCUGCCAAAAUAUUCAUUCUGAUCAUUUAGAUUUUUAAUAAACCAAGUAAUACAAAUUUAAUUUUAAUUUCAUGUUUAUUUUCUAUAAUCUUUUAAGCAGAUAUUAUUUACGAAAUCACUUUUUAUUUUCUAACAAAAUUAUGUUAUCCAAUAACGAUUAUAUUCUAGUUUUACUUUCUAAAAUAUUGGUAUUCUAAAUUAUUACAUUCGAUUGAGCCACUAUCAUCUAACGUUAUGUUUUAUGCUCAGAGUAUAAAUACUAUAAGUAGGUUAUUAUUAAUAUUAUUAUUGUUGUUGUCUUUUAUAGGUCUUUUAAACAACAAUUUCAAGCUCCAAAGUAUAAUAGUUUUGACUCGUCAUGGAGAUCGUGGUCCGAUGUAUCCCAUCAAUAACAUAAAUACCAUUGAUUGUGGCAUAUCAGGCGAUUUAGAGUAUCUUAAUUAUAUGAAGGAAAUAUCCACGUUUCAUUUUUUAGGUCCAUUUAACGAGUUCACAAAGUUACUCCCGACUGAUAGAUAUUGUACCCCUAGCGAACUGACUCCGGUCGGCGUAUCACAAAUGCUGAAACUUGGACGUAUUUUAAGGACAGUAUAUUCCCAUCUACUCGGUGGUAUCAGUUCUGAAGACAUAAUUAUAUAUAGUACCCAAUACAAUCGUACGGUCCAGAGUGCUUUAGCACUCAUGUAUGCGCUUUUGCCUAUGAGCGUAUUGUUAAAAGUAGAGUUCCAGAAAAGCCUUAGUUAUAAUUACUGUUUCGAUCAUUGCGAAUGCCCUAUCACUACUAAUAUGCGAGAUAAUCUCAAACGUUCUUCUUCGAACCGGUUGAAAACUAACAAUGCCAUAGAAAGUUCGGCUAACCGGAUGCACCGCAUAAUAUACGGGCCAAAUGAAAAAUUAAAUAUGGAUCCAUACUUAUUGAGAGACUCGAUAAUGACGUAUGUGUGUCACGGAGAACCAUUACCCUCCAGUGAGAAUUUUGGAAGUGUGAGCUUAGAUGACGUAAGAAAUCUGUUCAAUUACCUAGAACAGGAUAUGGUGCGUUACGCCACACACGGGCUACUUGAAAGAUACGGACUGCUAAAAUCCUACGGUUUAGCUCAGCAUAUAGCAUCAAACUUGUUGGCCUUAAUUCGCACAGGCAAACCGCGUCUGGUUGUAUACUCUGGUCACGAUUUGACCACUCAGUAUCUAUUAUCCGCGUUUGGCGUUCUCGACCAUCAUAUCAUAUCCCCACACUACGCUUCCCGAUUAGUGAUCGAAAUAUACCGUGAUAAUAAUACGGUGAAGGACGACAAGAACGACAAAGACAACAAGAACGACAGGAAUGACAAGGACGACAAGAACAACAAGGAAGAGGACAGUACGAAUGGUUUCUAUUUCAGAGUUGUUUUCAACGGUCGAGAUGUUACUGAAUCGGUUAAGUUCUGUAAAGACAACCAUUCCCUAGGUGAUGAUCCAGAAGAUCCAAAAGGUCCACAAGAUCCACAAGAUUCGCAAUAUCCACAAGAUCCGCAAGUUCCAGCCCACUUAUGUCCCGUAAAUUUAGCCAUCAAGUUUAUAAAAGAAGAGUACUUUACUUUAUUUAAUGUUUCUAACUUUGAAGAAGCAUGUGCAAAGAAAAUAGAGGAAUUAGGCGUACCGGAAGAACUGGAAGAUUUGGAGAAAAUGGAUGAGGAAGCAUAAAUAAUUAUUGAACAAUAUUAUAACGUCUGUUUUUUGUUUGUCGAGCUAAGUAAAAUAAUAAGAUCAAUGAUCAUAAUAUAAAAGUAUUUUCAAAAUUACCGCAGGACCGUUUGAACAAUCCUAUACGAAUUAUUAAACUCAUAUUAUAUAAUAUUGUUAUAAUUUUGUAAUAUUAUAUACAGAAUCGUAUGCCUAUCAAAAUUAUCGCUCUGAUGUAACAUAUAAAAUUAAAAUAAGGUAUAUCACCUGAAUACAUAUUAUUAUUAUUGUUAUUGAUUGUCUUUAAACAGAAUAUUUUUAUUAGAUAUUGUCCGAUGUUGUGUUUUCGAGUAUAUCAAUAUUAUAUUGCAUAGAAAUUAACGUUAUCGACUAUUAUAAUAUUUAUUCAAAUUACCCUAAUAUUUUGUAUACUUAAAAAACUUUCCAAUAUUAUAGUUAUACGAUUUCUAAUUGUUGUAUUAUUUUUUAGAUUUGAAUGCCCGGUUGCACCAAACUUGUUGUUAUCUAUUAAUAAACCUGGUGUUAAAUAUGUGUAUAAUGAUAAAUUAACGGUUGAUAAACUAAAUGUUUAACAUGUGUUAAAUUUACAAGUGUUUCUCAAUCUUUUUGUUACAUUUAGAUUAUUACCAAAAUAUUGGUUAUUAAACCGACAUUUCAAAAUUGUUCAAAAGAUUAUGGCUGUCACGAAUCACUUUAGGUUUUGGCAGUCUCAUAAAUAUUUCUAAAAUUAUUUCUUCAUUAUAAAUAUCUAAUGUAUCUGAUAAAGACCAUUCUAAUGAACUGUUCAUUAUUAAUUAAAAUUAUUCAGUCAGAAAAAAACAAGAAAAGAACUUAAAAAACUAAAAUAAGAAAACAAAAAAGCGGAUAAACUUCGCACAAUGGGUGCAGCCACUGUUAUUGGUGAAAAGUUUGGAAUGUAAGAUAUAGAGAAAGAAUUAAUUUAUAUCUGUAAGCAACAAUAAACCAUUGCUAACAAAAAACGAUUCUGAACGGAGUUCAGUUGAUACUGAUGCUUUAUCAACAAUAUGUAUGUAU